AUGGCUUUCGAGGCGCUGGCGGAGGCUGCGGAGCGGUGGUGCGCCCGCACGCCCUUCCAGCUCAUCGCCGCCGAGGAGACGGAGCGGCGCAUGGACUUCUACGCCGAGCCCGGGGUCUCCUUCUACGUCCUCUGCCCGGAGGCCGCCUGCGGCGACAAUUUCCACGUGUGGAGUGAAAGCGAGGACUGCUUACCUUUCCUGCAGCUCGCGCAGGACUACAUCUCCUCCUGUGGGAAAAAGACGCUCCAUGAAAUACUGGAAAAAGUCUUCAAGUCCUUCAGACCCCUACUUGGGCUUCCAGAUGUUGAUGAUGAUGCAUUUGAAGAAUAUAAUGCAGAUGUGGAAGAAGAGGAACCAGAAGCCGAUCACCAACAAAUGGGUGUCAGUCAGCAGUAAUUUUCAGAGAAGCUGAAAAAUGGGGAAUCUUUUGGUACCAGGUGGGAUCAGGUGGUCCCACGCUAGCCUGUUUGAUCUAGCACAUUACAUGGGGAUAUCUGGCUCCCAGGAUAAAAGUUUUACUUUUUUUUUUUUAAGAAAUAAUAAUAAUCUGUGAUGAGCUUUGCUAAGAAGCGACCUGAAUUUUGCUCCUGCUUGAGUGGGGUUUCUAUGGAGUUGUCUUGGUAGCAUUCUGCCAUUGCCAGUCUAGAAGUAGUUUCGUUGCUGACUGUCUCCUUGAUUUGUGUUCGAGAGUAACAUUCACUGACACGAAUGUAGGGUACUUUGAAUGUAGGAACCAUGGGGCUGGGGUGCUGAGUACUCACACGUAACCUCUCGGGGGAAAUCGGUGCAGAGAGUAGAUGCAAGCCACGCUUUGCUUUUUAGUUUAACAGCUAUGAUUUUUGACUCUCUACUACCAGACAGAGCACCAAACUUUGAGAGGUUUCUCCUGAAAAAAAAAUUUAGUUUAAUAGUGGUCAGUACUGCAGAAGUGCACAUGAAGGCUCGACAAAAAUGAUGGGAAGUGGGAAAUCCAAGGGAGUAUUUUUUGUCAGAUGUGUUAAUGUCAUUUUACUGACACCUGAGUUUACAAGUGAUUGGAUUAAUAACUGGGAGUAAUUAGAGCUCUGGUAUCAACAGUACACAUCAUAAUGAACCUGGGUAGUCUCACACCAUAUAACCCAAAAGCCAAAUACUGUUUUUAUACAAAUUUGAUCAAUUAAAUCAGCCAUUGCAUAUCCCACUUGUGCAUGAAAACCAACUUUAAGCUUCAUUGUUUUUAAAACACCGGUAAAUUAUUACGUAAAUCUUGCAGCAUUGCCAGUUGAAGUGCAACUUAACUUGGAAGCCAUAAGGGUAUAAACCAGCAUCUGGCUCUUAAUGUUAUGCUGGACUUUUUCCUCACACUGGGCCUUUGAGCUGAUCUGGGCAUUUCCACUCCUGCAGAGGGGAGCUAAAAUACUACCCAAGCAGGAAGGCCCCUAGUAUUUUGUACCUACUUUGCAUGGGUUUAAGUGGCUCCAAUGAGUGCCAGACUGUGAAGAUGCAGGGUCUCUUAUUUACAUGUCUUUCAUACUGAAAAUAUAAGAAGCAAAGCAGUUCUGUUGUAAGACAGCUAUUUUCCAUAAUAGAUCAAAAUGUUUCUAAAUUAAUUCCUUUUUUUUCUUCAUUUUUUAAUGGCAAAAUGAAGGCCACACAGUUCAAAAGCCCUUUUAUACAGAAUUAGCUUUAUAAAAAACAGAAAUUGAGUGAAGAGAAAAUGCUUGGACAACUCCCAGAAACAACUCAUGCCAUUUUGAAAACCCUGUUGGUAGCAACAUCUCCUUGUCCAUAGACUUUUUAAAGACUUUUUUUUUCCAAAGUUACUUAAGAGAGUAAGUUUUCUUGGGGGUUUACAUUUCUGAUGAUGGGUUGAGAGAUGCAUAGCAUUUGAUUUUUCCAAUCUGAGGCAACGAACUUCCAUAGCCAGGAUGGUGUGCGGUACCUGAUUACACACAGAAGUGUCUGCAAUGCUUUAAAAGUCCAAGUUUAAAAAUAUUAAAAAAAAAAAAAAGUGGAAGAA